AUGCUCACUCGGAGCUGUGCGCGAUGCACUACGAGGCUACGUGCCGCAAGCUUCAGGCCUAGAGUUCCAAGCGCACGGGUUCAGACCAGACAGUAUGCGAUGCCAGCUGGAAACACUCCUCCAAGUUCUGUGAAUAGUGUUGGAGCUUUGGCUCCUUUCGUUACCGAACUGGAUCGAUUGGCACCGAGUUUCGAUGUUCGAGGGGAACAGAUUCAGAUUAUUCGUACACCAGCCGAGUUUUACGAAACGUUAAAGGAGGCGUUGAGGAAGAAUCCGCAUGUGAAAUUGAGUAUUCUUACGGAUGCGUUGCGAGGAACGAGAGAGGCGCCUAAUCCAUCGAGUGCAUCGUUACUGGCACCCCUGGUCGAGGAGUUUGGAGCAGACCGUGUGGAAAUUCGUAUGUACCACACGCCGAACCUCACUGGGUUGAGGAAACAGUAUAUUCCUAAGAGGAUAAACGAGGGCUGGGGACUUCAGCAUAUGAAGCUUUAUGGUGUUGAUGAUGAGAUCAUCAUGUCUGGGUAUGUCAAGAAGACUGAUCGAUAUCAUCUUUUUGCCUCAAAGGAGGUGACUGAUCACUUUUGGAAGAUCCAUUCAGGGGUUACGUCUUUUAGCUUCUUGGUUCAACCUUCAAAUGAGCCAGCGGGUUUCACACUCUCAUGGCCAGAGAACAACUCUGCUCCUUCACCACUAGAGAAACCCCAGUCAUUCAUAAAGAGCACUACAUCAACAUUACAGACUCUGUUGCAUCCGACAUCAAAGCCUGGGAAUGACAUUUCUGAUACAAGAGUUUACAUGCUUGGUCAGAUGUCCCAGGUCAUGAAACCCGAUACUUCAACUGAACUCCCCGUCAUUACACAUAUCCUCAAAACUCUCGCCUUGCCCGCAUACCGCGAGUCUUCAUGGACCUUUACAGCAGGUUACUUUAAUCCCGCUCCCUCUCUGACAAAACUCCUUCUCAACACUGCGUCUACCUCAAACACUGUCAUCACAGCUUCCCCUGAAGCAAACGGUUUCUACAAGUCAAAAGGUGUCUCAGGUCUCCUUCCUGAUGCCUACACUCUCCUCGCCCGUCGUUUCGUCCAUCGUGUACAUCACCAAGGCCGAGAUGACGAUAUCACCUUGAAGGAAUGGCGUUAUGGUGUCGUUGGUCAACCUGGCGGAUGGACAUAUCACGCCAAGGGACUCUGGGUGACAAUGCCAGGUGACAAAAAUCCAGCUAUGAGUAUUAUUGGAAGUUCCAACUAUACUAAACGAAGCUACUCGCAUGAUCUCGAAGCUGGUGCUUUGAUCGUCACUCGCGAUGAGGGGCUGAAGGGGAGGCUUGGAGAGGAGCAGUUAUGGUUGCAGGAACAUGCUACCAAAGCAACACGAGAUGACUUUGCUCGCACUGAACGAAGAGUUGGACUCAAAGUUAGAGUUGCCAUGUGGAUUGUUUCGCUUGUUGGCGGAGCAUUGUGA